AGAAACCCGGGUUGGGCCAGGGGGUGGCUAGAGCGGUGGCGGCGGCAUCCGGAGUAGCACUGAGAUCUUCCGGUGGCGGGAACUGCGGUCAUGGAUCAUAUUACGGUACCCAAGGUAGAAAAUGUGAAAUUGGUGGAUCGUUAUGUGAGUAAGAAACCAGCUAAUGGGAUUCUUUAUCUUACUGCAACCCACCUGAUCUAUGUGGAGGCUUCUGGUGCAGCCCGGAAAGAAACAUGGAUUGCACUCCAUCACAUUGCCACCGUGGAGAAGUUACCCAUCACUAGCCUGGGCUGUCCCCUGACCCUCCGCUGCAAGAAUUUCCGGGUGGCCCACUUUGUUUUAGACUCUGACCUUGUGUGCCAUGAGGUUUAUAUUUCACUGCUCAAGCUUUCUCAGCCAGCAUUACCUGAAGAUCUUUAUGCUUUUUCUUAUAAUCCCAAAUCCUCAAAAGAGAUGAGGGAAAGUGGAUGGAAACUGAUUGAAGCAAUAUCAGACUUUGGGCGUAUGGGAAUACCCAACAGAUACUGGACCAUAACAGAUGCCAACAGAAACUAUGAGAUAUGCAGCACCUACCCUCCUGAAAUAGUGGUUCCUAAAUCUGUUACCUUGGGAACGGUGGUUGGAAGUUCAAAGUUCAGAAGUAAAGAACGUGUCCCUGUGCUCUCCUACCUCUACAAAGAGAACAAUGCUGCCAUUUGCCGCUGUAGCCAGCCACUCUCUGGAUUUUACACUCGCUGUGUAGAUGAUGAGCUCUUGUUGGAGGCCAUUAGCCAAACAAACCCAGGGAGCCAGUUUAUGUAUGUUGUAGACACAAGACCAAAGUUGAAUGCCAUGGCUAACCGAGCAGCUGGGAAGGGAUAUGAAAAUGAAGACAACUAUGCCAACAUUCGCUUCAGAUUCAUGGGCAUUGAGAACAUCCAUGUAAUGCGGAACAGUCUGCAGAAACUCUUGGAAGUUUGUGAAUUGAAAACUCCAACAAUGAGUGAAUUUCUUAGCGGCCUGGAGAGCUCAGGGUGGUUAAGACACAUUAAAGCUAUUAUGGAUGCUGGAAUUUUCAUUACAAAGGCAGUGAAGGUAGAAAAGGCCAGUGUCUUAGUCCAUUGUUCUGAUGGGUGGGACCGCACAGCACAAGUCUGCUCGGUGGCUAGCAUCCUCCUAGAUCCAUUUUAUAGGACAUUCAAAGGACUCAUGAUCUUGAUAGAGAAGGAAUGGAUAUCCAUGGGCCACAAGUUUUCCCAAAGGUGUGGCCACCUCGAUGGGGACUCUAAAGAAGUGUCCCCUAUCUUCACCCAGUUCCUAGACUGUAUCUGGCAAUUAAUGGAACAGUUUCCCUGUGCCUUUGAGUUUAAUGAAAACUUCCUGCUAGAGAUUCAUGACCAUGUUUUCUCCUGCCAGUUUGGAAACUUCCUUGGUAACUGCCAGAAGGAUCGGGAAGAUCUAAGAGUCUAUGAGAAAACACAUUCUGUGUGGCCUUUCUUGGUUCAGAGGAAACCAGACUUCAGGAACCCUCUCUAUAAAGGCUUCACUAUGUAUGGGGUACUCAAUCCUAGUACUGUGCCCUACAACAUUAAGUUCUGGUGUGGGAUGUAUAACCGCUUUGACAAAGGGCUGCAGGCCAAGCAGAGUAUACUAGAGAACCUCCUGGAAAUUAAGAAACAGAGAGCAAUGCUGGAGACAGAUGUGCAUGAACUAGAAAAGAAACUAAAAGCCCGUGAUGAGCCACCAGAAGAGAUCUGUACCUGCACUCAAUUAGGAAACUUAUUAUCCCAGCAUCUGGGAAGUCCUUUGACCAAUCCUCUUGGCUUUAUGGGUAUCGAUGGAGACCUGAGUACCUUGAUGGAGAAUGGCACCCUCUCCAGGGAAGGAGGCCUCCGAGCUCAGAUGGAUCAAGUAAAAACCCAGUGUGCAGACCUCCACCAUAACCAUUGUGAGAUUGUGAGCAGCCUUAGGGCCAUAAAUAUCUCUGGGGAUGUGGGCAUCUCUGGAGGGACAGGCAUCUCUGAGGCCAUGGGCAUCUCUGGAGACAUGAGCACCUUUGAGACUAUGGGCUUCUCCGAAGACUUAGGAAUCUGUGGGGCCAUGGAUAUCUCUGAGGCCACUGACAUAUCUGGAAACAUGGGUAUUUCUGAGGCCAGGGGUUUCUCUGGGGACAUGGGCAUCUUGGGGGACACAGGCAUCUCCAAGGCCAGCACCAAGGAGGCAGACUACUCCAAGCAUCAGUGAGUUAGUUACUCAUCUUCCAUGCUAGGUAUACCUACAGCAGCUACAAUGAUUCUUGUCCCAGAGAGGGCUAUGCUGCUUUUCCAAUUGGUUUAAGUGAGUGAAGCCAAGGCAUCCCUCUCCCCACUUAAGUCUGGAAGGGAAUUACUUUACUGAUUAAGUGACCAAUAUGUUCAUAUUAAGCAGUACAGAGUGUAGGCAAGAGAAAGAAUAUGUUAUUGUUCUAAAAUGGGAUUUAACUAUAGAAAUGUUGCCUCUCAGGUGAGACACAUAUUAAGCUGGUUCUACUGUCUGUUUUCCUUAAUGAUCGACCGCCCCUAUUUUCUAUCCUAACUGCUGUAAUGUGAGAGUGAAGUGGAAAUAUUGUCACAGUGGUCAAUAAUGACCCUUUUGAGGGUAUGGAGAGAUGGUAUACAGCAGGUAACUGAAUUGCAGAAUAUAUUAAAAGAAAAUCUUA